CUGACUUGGGAUAUUUGGUGUUUUCUCAUGUAAUUUUUACCACUUACAGUGCUGCUGGAUAUCAUCACCUUGAGUUGGACUUUGGUUAAUGUUACUAUAACAGAUACUACAGUAGUAUGUUUUUAGCUCCGUGCUAUCUGUUUCUAGCUACUCAGCGUUAGUUAGCUCGAUUUAGCCUCUAAUGAGAGCAGCGGAAGACGGUGCAUCUCGGCCACGAAAUGCCUCGGAGAAAGAAAAACGGUCAGGGCACGGCCAGAGUCCCCGGUGGCCCGUCAGACGGGGAGAGCCUCGGCCACAACAUGGCUUACCGAGUACCUCAGGGAUAUGACGGUGCAAUGAUGAGCAACUUUCCGCCCAGCAACUCAAUCCCCAGCUCCGACAAGGAGAAAAUCGCCAAAAGCAUGCAGGAGAUGUUCUCACACCUGGACCCCGAAGUUAUAGACAUCGUACUGUCCGAGUGUGAUUACAAAGUUGAAAAUGCAAUGGACUCCUUCUUGGAACUGUCUGUAGCGGCUGAAGUUGCGGCCCCGAUUCCUCCUGUAUCUGGCUUUGAGCGCACUGCUGCUGCCCUGCUCAGCCCCCACUUUUCUGAACCUAAACCAGACCUGGACUCCUCCAGACCAUUACAGCAGUCCUCCUCUCCUCACUCCACCAACCUUCUGUCAGAUGAGCUGGACCUGCUAGCUGAUCAGGAACUAGAGAUACUAAACGCACAACAAGAUGUUGGGAGAGAAGAGCACCCCAGCAGCCAGUAUUUAUAUGCUGGUGCGUCCCUUUCCUCCUUCCCUCUUGCACCGCCAGCACCACCACAGCAGGGCCUCCCUGAGCUCCUUCAGUCUAGCCUGGAGCCUAGAUCUAGAGGGCCUUCAACCAGUCAGCCAGGUCCAGUGGGUGACCUGAUGGAGCAUAUGUCUGGGGUGUCUUCUCCUCUGGACCAGCUCAGCACUUUGAAAGAUGAGACUACAGAGGGGCAGCAGUCGGUGGUAGAUUUCACAUAUCUGAUGACAGAGACACCUGAAGACAAGCCAAAACUCCCUUUGGACCUGGCAGCUUCGGGACGUCCGUCAGCUUUCCAGGUGUAUAAAAAACAAGACCCUCCACAUAAUCUUUCAGAGCAGGUUGGAGUCAUGCCUUCUGAUGUGAUAGUCGGAGGAGCAAGAUCUAAGGUGAACAUGUUAACUCAGGAGCCGCUUGGUUACAUGUCAGGCCCUUGGAAUCUGAAGGCACCAGUGUUCUUUCCCCGUUUCCAUGUAAACCAGGGGCCAGCCUUCAUCACCCCUGUGGUGCAACCACUUUCAAACAGGCCCAGCCAACCCAGACAUCCCUCUCCGUGGCUGAACCGGGUCUCUGUCAAUCGAGCACCUCUCAAACCUUCUGCUUCUAUUCCAAAAUCCUGGGCUCUGCCUGCUGCUCCACAGUUUCCUUCCCAAUACAGCAGGCUUCGUUUGGAGGGGAAGGUGCUCGUGUUGCUACGCGGUGCGCCAGGAUCUGGCAAGUCGACCUUGGCGAGAGCCUUGCUAGAGCACAAUCUAGGUGGAGUUAUACUUUGCACUGAUGACUAUUUCACUCACAAUGGAGAAUAUGAGUUUGACCCCAGAGCUCUGGGAGAGGCCCAUGAGUGGAACCAUCAACGAGCCAAGGAUGCUUUUAAGAGGGGCAUGAACCCCAUCAUCAUUGACAACACCAACAUGCAGGGCUGGGAGAUGAAACCCUAUGUGGCUCAGGCGCUGAAACAUGGAUAUAAAGUGCUGUUCCGAGAACCGGACACUUGGUGGAAGCACAAGCCUAGAGAGCUAAUGAGACGCACCUCACAUAAUGUGCCAGUGGAAACAAUCCGCCGGAUGCUCAAUGGAUAUGAACGCUUUGUCACAGUCCACGCCAUUAUGGGUUCACAGAUGCCUGAGUGCAAACAGCGCCUCCUUCUGGAGAACAGGAGCUCCAAGCAAAUAUCCUCAGAAACACCUUGUCCUGACCUGGUUGGGCAGCCUGGAUUAACGGAGGGAUGUAAGAAAUCCCGUGCUCAUCUAUUUUACUCCCUCCCUGAUGUGUCGUCUAUUGGUCAUUCUAGUGAGAUGGGAAUGCUGGAAGACAGCGCCCACAAGUCUGCUGAGUCUCUCACUUUCUCACCUGCUGGACGACCUCUCGAAAACCCUGAAAUUUCUGAAGGGGACGCUGACAUGGAUUUGGGGGAAUUAGAUUCUGAAUUGGAUGCUCACUUAGAGCCGGGCCAUUCAGUAGGAGACCAGAGAAUCCCUGACUGUAUCGUGGAAUCAGUGAUGAAUGAAGACCACCGUGGUGAGGAAUUGCCCAUGGCCUUCUCUGAGUCUAUUGGACAGAGGGUGAGGAGAGAAAGGCCAAGCAGGACUUCUGGUUUUGACAGGAUGGAGCCUGCAGAUCUGGUGAAGGAUACUAACCAAUCACAGAGUGAGGCAAAGGAGAAAGAAAAGACAAAGGAAGAGGAGGCAGAAGAGGUUGAAGUGAAUAGGGAUGAGGCAGAAAAGGGAAUGCCUAAGAUUUUGGAUUUUGCCGGGGAUUGGCCUUCUGAAGGGUCCCUUGAGCAGCGACAGUUAAGGAGAAGAGCAAGGCAAAUUGAAGGACAUAAGGAAGAAGAUGAAGGUGUGUCUCAAGAAGCUAAUGAAAAUAAAUUGAAGGUGCAGUCUGGGCCUGAUGUAACAGAGUUUCAGAAGCUUCUUGAUCUUAUUCAGACAGGUGGGGCUGCCAUUCAGACUAGCUCUUCUCGUUCGUCCUCUCUUUCUUCAAUCUCUGCAGAGGAAAUGGAAAAAGAAGAAAAGCCAGGUGGCAGGUUUGAAAAGUCACUUGGCAGUAUAUCUAACAGUGAAGAGAGAGAGCAAAACAUGAGCCGAGUUAAAAGCAGCAGAGGUGAAUUACCUGACUGUGUGUUAGACUGGAAGGCAGCUGACUCUCUCAAGGUCAGAAAAUCAACAACUGAUAAUUGGGAGGACCUUAAAACUGAAAAUGAAGCAAGUAGUACAACAGGAGGAAAUGACCAGUUGUCUGAAAUUGACAUUGAAACAGAGGCUGUGCAUUUGAAAUCAACCAUCAGUAUAAAUCAUCUGUCAGCUGAUUCAUUAGUUAAAGCUCCUGAGACAGAUGCAUGCCAUGAUUCACUGGGAAACCACUAUACUGAAAAUGAGGUUGCUGGUAGUAGUGAUAUUGAUAUGGACACUAAUAACUACAUACAGGAUGGCAGCCAUGUUAGUGAGGCGUGUUGGAGUCCAGUGUGUGAGGGCUCUGUGGAAGCAGAGUGCAGUGGAGGCAGUCAAGAGAGAAAGCAGCGUCAGAGUCGCAGAUCAGGGAAACAGUGCAAGCUAGCCCUCACCUUCACCCAAAACUGCCCUGCUUCUUCACUGAAUACUCCUGAAUGCCCCAUUACCAAAGCUGAUAAUAUAGACAGUAGUCAGAAUAGCAUUAACACAGAUGUCAAGCCUAACCUUGAUUCUGACUGCAACACCAGCUUUAACCUUAAACCUGACUUUGACCAGUUCACAGAGUCCAAAUUGGAGACACACCUGCAGCCUCUUCCCACUCUUCCUCUGUUAGACACAGGCUGCUUCACGCAGACAGAACCUCAAGACUUUGCAUUUCUUUGGCGUCUCAAUCAUCCAGACAGGUCUGAUCAUACAGUCAUCACUGAAUGCAGCCACUUCAGCUACUUUACAGUCCUGUCUGGUGAUUCUUCUCGCUUCAUGCCAGUGCUAUCCUCUGCCAUUUCUACAGCAGUUGCUGUUGACCCAUCUGACCACAAAGAGAUACCCUACCGUGUGGUGCAUGAGAAAGGCACACAGGUGGAGGAGAAGGACCUUGGGGCAACUCAAGACCGGCUUGAGAGCCUGCGCAUUCUCAGCUGUUAUUUUAAACUAGUUAGUUUUGAUACAUUAGAGGAUCUGUAUGACAAAUGCCAUCAGGACCUAGACUGGACUACCAACCUGCUGCUAGACUCUGGAGAGAAGUUUUUUAGAGAUGAGGAUGGUGAGAAGGAUGAGCAAGGUUCUAGGGGUGAAGAUGUCCAGACCACUUUCAGUCUGUGUGGAGCUUUAGGUGAAACCAAGUUCUGUAGUGAUGUGUUAAAUGAGUCUGAAAGUUUGCCUAAGGCAGGGUCAGCUGGGUCUGAGGAUAGCACUCAGGAGUCUAUGUCUGGAACAGUUAGUGAGUCAAAUGAGAGCUCCAGUACCGAUUUCACCUCCGUAACUGUUCCAGUUAGGAACAAAGAUCAUCCUGAUACAACCUCACACUUAGAAAAAUCUCCUCAGACAGAACUUAGUCAACCUGAAGCAGCAAAAGAGAAAGAGAAAUAUAGCAACACUGAACACAAAGUGAUAUCAGAACAUCACUUAGAAGAUGUUUGGGGUGGGAGCUUAGAUGAUGGAGUAGUUAUCAAAGAGUCGCGGGUUGAGACUGAGGAUGAUAUUGCCAGCAUGGAAGAGGUCCACCGUUUGCUGCUGGCUGAGCUAGAGGAGAUGGAAAUGGAGGAAAAACAGAGGAAGGAGGAGAUGAGGAGCAGACACCUGGAUAUUCAGAGUGUGGAGCUGAAACUACCCACUGAGUUGGCACUACAGCUAACCGAACUGUUUGGUCCCGUGGGAAUAGACCCAGGUAUAUGCUCUGCUGAUGACUUUGCAGUGAAAAUGGACCUAAACCUGGCUAAGCUGAUCCACCAGAAGUGGAAGGAAACAAUUCAGGAAAGGCAGAGACAAGCAACUCUUUGUUCAGUACACUGGGGUGAAUCAAAGGUCACUGGGCCACGAGAGCAGACACAGCCAGCACGUUUCCUGAUUAGUGCAGACAGCCACAUGUCCCUGGACAGCCAACCAGAUUCACACGGUCAGAUGCCAUUUAUGGACCACUGGAAUGUGUCCCAUCCACAUGUCUCUCUUAGAGACAUUAUAAAAGAGGAGCAGGCUUUACAGCACAAUGUGCAGAGGAUUAGAGAGAGUCGUGUAGACCUCGACCGACGAGACGCGGCCUCACUGUUGAAGGAAAACCAACUCUACUCCCUCUUUCCCACCAUUGACAGACAUUUCCUCCAGGACAUAUUCAGAGACCACAAUUACAGCCUAACCCAGACAGAGCUGUUUCUUCGCUCUCUACUGGACGAGGAACCCGUCAAAACGGUUGUCGCCCCAGAAGUUUCUCAUCCCGACCACCACAGAGCAGCCAGCAAGGAGAGGGAAAAGAGGCAGAAGCUCCCGGAGUCUACUGUAGUCGACUAUCAGGACACAGAGGACCCAGAAUAUGAGGAUUUCAGGGCCGAGGCCAGCCUGCAGAGGAGCCGACAGCUCGAGAGUUUCGCCAAGGCUGCAGAGGCGUACAAACAAGGGCGCAAAGAAGUGGCCUCAUUUUACGCACAGCAGGGACACCUGCAUGGCCAGCGGAUGCGUGAGGCCAAUCACCGUGCAGCAGUUCAGAUUUUUGAGAGAGUCAAUUCCUCGCUGCUGCCCAGGAACAUCCUAGACCUCCAUGGAUUGCAUGUUGAUGAAGCCCUGGAGCAUUUGGCCCAGGUCUUACAGGACAAAACCACAGAUUGUGAGCGGGGUCUGUGUCGACCUCAGCUCUCUGUCAUCACAGGAAGGGGGAACCACAGCCAGGGGGGAAUGGCCCGCAUCCGCCCUGCCGUUAUAGACUACCUCACCAACAAACGCUACAGGUUUACUGAACCAAAGCCAGGUCUCUUGUUGGUCUCUUUGAACUGAGAAGAACCUAGUGUACUGGAUGCAAGAGGAAGCUGCUAUGGAGGACAGCACAUUAUUUCUUUAUCUCAUUACAUAUAUAAUUAUAUAAUUAUAAGUAUAUCCAGUAUGGUACACUUGGCCUAUUUUUAUACUUACCCCCCCAUCUCUCUUAUUUCUCUAGCAGUCAUAUUGCUGCCUGAAAUUUAAUCAUAAUCUUUAAUCUUGGUUAAAUCUUAACCCAGAUCUUAAUCAUAAUAAGAGUUUUUUGUGUGUGCUGUGAAGCACACAAGAUAUUUUUUUAUGGAUCUAUAAAGCUUGAAUGUUUAUGUUGUAUAUUUUAUAUUUAAAAAAUGUUUUAUAGUGAUGCAUUUUGCUUUACCUUUGCCUCUAUGCCUUUUAAAAUGUAUAAAAAAAAUUGUGUUUAGAAGGCUCUAUGUUGAAUAAGACAUUAUUUAAUCAUUCAGACACCUACUAAUCUGGGUCAUGUUUCAGAGAUAAAUAUUUGAGGUUCUCUGGGAUUUUAAGUAAUUUGGCCCCCUUUUUCAAAAAUGAUUUAAACAGGCUACUUGUCACUAGUUCUGCAUUUGCUGCAUUCCAAGUUCUCACAAAGGGACAAGUGUUUUCUCUUGGUUCUAGUGUAACUGUGUCUUACUCACCAUGAGGUGAAUAUAAAACUCUUCAGAUGAUUGAAGGCCAGUAAAUAGUGUGAACAACUUCCACUGUGAGCUCUGCAGCACUCUACAAAAUACAGCUGUUGGCUUUUAAUAUAUAGUGAUAUUCAAACUC